GGCCCAGCCCCACGUUGUCGGCGGCCGCGGCGCGCCGGGGGAGGGGGCGGGUCAGGUGGGCGCUCCUUGAGGAGGCUCACCGGUUUUUCAGGCUCAGCCCGAGCCGGAGCAGCCCCGGCCCCAGCGCAGCGGCGGCGGCGGAGCCAUAAUUUUCCAGCCAUACUUCACUCUCCUCUGAGUUUUCUACCAAACCCUGGUGCAUUAAUUGCAGGAAAGCCUCCACUUGGGAUCUCGUGGCUCUCUGCCUUUGUCAACUUCUGUAAACAAUGGAAUAUUAGCAUCUCUUGGAGAAAAAGAUUUGGCUUCCUUUCUUGAAAGUGGGGCUUCAACAGUGGGUAGCUGGAUGGGAAGAAAAAAAUCAGAUGGCCAAAAUCUCCUUAUUGUGUUAGAAAACAAAAUCAUCCAUAAGUGAGUGUAUGGUCAAAGAAAUAAAAGAAAAUCAAAGAGAUCAAAGAAAAAAGAAUAGGACGAAUUAAGGAGAAUUAAAAGUUAUCACCCCUUCCCUGUUUGGGCAAAGAUCAAAGGCAAUGGAUGUCAUAGAGACAGCAAAGCUUGAAGAACAUAUGGAAAAUCAAACCAAUGAUCCUGCAAAUAAUUACACCAGACCUACUGAACCUACUGAUGAAGACAACAAAAAUGGCAAUGGCAAACCCAAGAGCUUAUCUAAUGGCUUACGAAAGGGUGCCAAAAAGUACCCAGACUAUAUUCAAAUUUCUAUGCCUGCUGAAGCAAGGAACAAAUUUCCCCUAGAAUGGUGGAAAACAGGCAUUGCUUUUGUCUAUGCCCUCUUCAACCUAAUCUUGACGACCGUCAUGAUCACAGUUGUACAUGAGAGGGUGCCUCCCAAGGAGCUUAGCCCACCACUACCAGACAAGUUCUUCGAUUACAUUGAUCGAGUGAAGUGGGCAUUUUCUGUAUCAGAAAUAAAUGGGAUGAUAUUAUUUGGGUUAUGGAUUACCCAGUGGCUGUUUCUGAGAUAUAAGUCAAUAGUGGGACGCAGAUUCUUUUUUAUAAUGGGAACUUUAUACCUGUAUCGCUGUAUUACCAUGUAUGUUACUACCCUCCCUGUGCCUGGAAUGCACUUCCAGUGUGCACCAAAGCUCAAUGGAGACUCUCAGGCAAAAGUUCAGCGAAUCUUGCGAUUGAUCUCCGGUGGCGGAUUGUCCAUAACUGGGUCCCACAUCUUGUGCGGAGACUUCCUGUUCAGUGGCCACACCGUUGUACUGACUCUGACUUACUUGUUCAUCAAAGAAUACUCGCCCCGUCACUUCUGGUGGUACCAUUUGAUAUGCUGGCUGCUCAGUGCCGCUGGGAUCAUCUGUAUUCUCGUGGCCCAUGAACACUACACUGUCGACGUGAUAAUUGCUUAUUAUAUCACAACAAGACUCUUCUGGUGGUACCACUCCAUGGCUAAUGAAAAGAGCUUGAAGGUUUCAUCACAGACUAAUUUCUUAUCUCGAGCAUGGUGGUUCCCCAUCUUUUACUUUUUUGAGAAAAACAUACAAGGCGCAAUUCCUUGCUGCUUCUCCUGGCCGUUAUCCUGGCCACCUGGCUGCUUCAAAUCCUCCUGCAAAAAAUACUCACGGGUUCAGAAAACAGGAGAGGACAAUGAAAAAUCUACCUGAAAGGAAGAAUCAUCGGGAAAAAGGCUUAGACUCUUAGACCAAAAUGUUUCAUGCUAUAACCAAAGGUAGAGUUUUUUUUUUUUUAAAAAAAGGAAGAUUGACUGGUAUGUGAAGAAGUGGACCAAAUUUUGUGUAAAUGAUUUGAAAGAUAAACAAAGUAUUGUCCCGUGACAUGGUGUUUAUUUGUCUAGGAGAAAAAAGACUUCUGCAGUUCUAUACCCAUUGAUGAUGAGACCCAGGACUGUGAUUGACCAGUGAGGUUGUAAAAGAGGUGCCAAAGAACACAUCCCUUCCAUCCUUGGCCCCCUGCCAUCUUUCCUCCUCUUUCUUUCACCCAGCACAGCAGGAUUUGGUGGUGUUUGAAACACUUUUUAUCAGGCUCUACAUAUAGCUACAGUAUAAAGGGAAUAGUAAUUUAAUGUUGAGAAGUAGGUGAUGGCAUUCUCAAGGCUUCUCACUGGAGUCUCAAGGUGACAUUCAUCAUUCAGGGGAUAGAAAGUGUUGGGCAAACUCAUGCUGUUUUCACUGCUUUGGGGAAAAGGAUAGUUUAGAAGCCUGGAGUGCUCACUGCUGCUACCACCCAAUGAAGGACAUACCUACCACUUUAUACAUUUUUUUUUACUGAUGACUUUAUUUUUUAAAACAAUGCUAGGCAGAUGUGCUCCAACUGCAAACAUGUCUGGUCACAUCACAAAGGUUUUACAAGUGUAUAAAUACUGCAUUUUUAAAGUGAAUUUAAUAGACAUCAAGAAAACAAUUCUGGGAUAUCCCUGACAGGAUGGGAAUUUUGCUUCCACAUUCUGUCUUCCGGGGGGGUUGACCUACUCCAGUGCAGAAAAGGUAGAUGCCGUGGGUUAGGAAUACACUUGCAGGUACCAAUGUUGGUGCCACUUUGGGGCUCAAGCCUGCGUUGCUCUCUGGCCAUAAGUUUAUUUGUGUGUGGACUAGCUAUAGAUUCUAGGGAUGAUGAGCGAUCUUUGGUCACAUUGAAUUAUGAAGGAUCCUUGCUGUAAAUAUUUACCUCAUUCUUUCUGAAAACCCAAGAUAGAUGCCUAACAUUUUUAUGUAUUCUUGCCUUUUAUCAAAAGACUCCACUAGCCAGAAUAUAGACAGACACUGUAAUUCUUUGGUCUGUACCCAGUGAGAAUGGUUAUUCUUUGGUGCUGAACUAGUCAGGAGUGUGUGACUGUUCUAUCUACACAGUGACUCCGUGUUUGUUUUAGAUUUAUUUAAUGAGGUAACACAAAACAGUGGAUUUUUCUUCUCAGUCUUAGCAGGCUGGAUUAUUUCACACUAGAGUAUUUUUGGCUGAUCUCUGAAUUUAUUUCCUUAAGUGCUUGAGGGCUAUUUUUAAAGAUUUCCAAUAAAGCCCAGCAGCAAAAAGAAGGAACCAAAUUUGCAGUAAAAGUAAUCAUUGUUAACACUGGGGGGUGGGGGGGGUAGAAGUAACACCAAGAAGAAAAGAGAAAAUGUUUCUUUCCUCUAAUGGAAAAAUAUAAUCCAAUUUUCAUUAUUAGCAAGACCAGUCAGCCUUUAUAGAGAGACAGGACAAAUAAAGUUUGGAUGCUUUCAGUUUUUCUCAACAAAGCACAAAAUUUUGCCCACUCUACAACAGUCAUCAUCCUUGGUGCUAAAAUUCUCUGAAUGUCUUUAGUGUUGCUGCCUCUUGGUAGUGGGAAAUGCAGAUUAAUUCAAAGGGAACUAACUGUCCUCCAGUCAGCUCACUUUACAUAAGAAUUAUAACCUAAACAUUCUUGGUAGGAUUUUAGACACAAGGGUUUGACCUCACAUUCUAAAUGAAGUGAACAGACAAAAACCUCUGUAGCCUACGUGGAGUUGUGUCCAGUCCUAGCUCCACAAAAUUUUCAUUACAACUUUUAUUUAUUGUCAGAUGUCUGAAGGGAACAGGAUAGUCUGCUUAGAAAUCAUUUCCCUCCCUAAGAACUAAAAAUCACUGCUGCCCCAAUCAUAAAAGAAAAAUAGAUAGUCCCAGAAGACUUGUAAAUAUUUUGCUGCUAUCCAGACACUGGGGGAUUGAUUUUCCCAUUGGAUCGCUAAUGGAAGUGGAAAACAUACACUGAUGCUGCACUUGGUCCUGAACAUGGCUUGGAUCCCCCACUUUUUCCAGGUGACAUAAUGAUUAGGCUUACACAAACUCAGUUUCAGUUUUAAGAGUUAACAUUAUCUAAUAAGAGCCUUUGCAGCUCCUUUGACCAUUUGGGUCAAUUCCAAAUAAAAACUCCAUCAUAAAGACCAUUAUGUUGCUGUUCCCUUUUCGGGUCCAUCAGAAGAUCUGUGCCCUCACACCUGGGUCUCCUACCAUUCAAAAGCUCCUUUUGUGUAUUGUAAUUUGAUGGAUGAGGAAAGGGCAUGUCCCAAACAUUAAGCAUUAUCAUUUUAAUAUGGAACAUUUAGGGAAGCAAUAGAGGAAGGAGAAAUGGAUUUGAGUCACAGCAAGGAAACGUUGGAAUUCAGCCCCAGAUGCCAUCUUUGGAAUUGAAAACUUGGGUGCACUGCCCUCCUAACCUUCCUCUGUAUCACAUCAGUUCUGUUUAUUGCUAUAAACCAGCCAACGAGAUGGAAGUAACUUUAGAGGGAAAACCUGCUUCCAAAGCCCAUACAUGGUUCCUGUAUGAAACUUCUGGAAUGGAAUUUCAUAUGAACAAUAGUUGUUUCAAACUGUAAAUACCCUUCCCACUAUCUCUCAAAGUGGAGCAAACCCGUUUCCUCACAUCUCAUGAACUGGCAUAUUGAGUUCUACCUGCGGUAAUCAUAGAGUUGAAGAAAAGUUUAUUGACCUCUUUGAGGUAGAACUGGGCAGAACCCAGGUUCCCUGGUGGCUUUGGUGUAUAUUCCACUGCCCUCUUGUGGAGAUAUCACAUAUGACAAGCCCAGAACCCCAACAAACCAAACAUUUUCUUUCCCCUCCAAAGGUAGCCAAACUAUCUUUCUAAUCCUUUAUUCCAUGUCUAUUUUUUUCAAAUGAACCUCUUCAAUUGCCACCAUUGUCAGCAGUCCCAGAAGACAGAAGUUACUCCGAUGGCAAGUUUAAAUUGGUCUAGAGAAAGGUCAAAAUCCAUUUUGAGUGGAAUUUCUGUAAGAUAGAUGUGCUCCUAGCAUGCAUGAUCAUCUACUUUCAAAACAUUCAAACCAUCUUUAACUCAGCAUCCCCCAGGCUUCAUGAUUGUCCCAUUUACUGCCUCUGUUGGCUUUGAAAUAGUCAAGGCGAGCUUAUCAUCUUUUUCAUACUGUUUUUCCCCCUAUGAUCUCACAACUUAUUUUUUCAAAUUGAAAUAUAUUUGAAGAAUUUUUUUUGUUUUGCACAGUUAGAAAACAGUUACAGGUUCAAGCUGGUCUUACCACUUACUGCUAUGCAUUUUUAAAGGAAGUGUGAAGAAUCUCUUGAAAUUUUAAAAUACAUAACUAAGCCAAGCAUAUUUUACACAAAAUGCUAGGUUUUGAUGACUUUGCUUUUAUGUGCCUGUGAAAGAUAUUUUUUGUGAUAUUUUAUCAAUGCUAUUUCAGUGCUAUAACACAUCUAAUAAUUAGCCUUGACAAGAUAUUUUUGUUUAUAAAGCAGUGAUAUUGGCAUAAAUGCCCCCCCAAACAAUGCAAAUCAAGUCAGUGGCCCAGUCAAAGUUGUGUUUGGCAAAAGUGCCUACUUUGAUAUUUUCCUGCUGCUUAUUAUGACCUAUUGUACCCACUUAAUGCUGUGUGUUCUAAAUGAAUCAUGAAUGGAAAUAGGUCUUUAUUGUGUCUAAUGAAUUAAGACUGUGCUGUUUUCAGAAGGAAGGAAGGACCCAUCCACAUAAGCUAAUCUAAUUGCCAAGUUGGAAUUCUUUAUUUAAUUUACCUCCUAUGCAAUGAAUAAUGCUGCAAAACAUAUGGUUAUGUUACAUAAAAAAAGAUUUUAAGAGGUAGCCAACUAUAUUCUUUUGGAAAUGUACUGUACUGUUUCAAUGUGUUAAGUGCCUUGUAAAAGUAUAAUUUUAGGUCUAUUCUAGAGUAUGUUAUUUUCCUGACAAAUAUUUUUCAUUAUAAAAAGGAUAAAUAUAUACUAUAUGCUAUUAUAUAACUUAUAGUUUUAUUAAAUGUGCUCACAUUUUAAUCAAAAAUCAUAAUAUAAAUGUUAGAUGCUCUUGUUUCCUACCCCAAAGUACCAUAAACAUUAAUCUAAUGAGUGGAAUUCAUUUUCAGGGUUUUUUAGGGAAAGAAAGAAAUGAGGAAAUAGUUCAAUAUCUUUAGAAGUGCAUUUUUUCAUGACUGCUUUUUUUGUGUAUAAACACAUUUCAGUUGUAAUUUAGGGGUGUGAAUGUAGUACACACAUACUCCUAAAAUGCCAAAGUUUCACUUUUUUUUAAGUGCCUAAUGGUGAGUUAAACUAAUUUAUGUUUCAGCACUACAAAGAAUAGAUAAUGUGCACACCAUUUCUAAUUCCUUUGGUUUUGCUUUUUAUUUGUUUUAUUUUAUAAAUGAGAUGAUAUACUUUGUAUUUACCCAAUAAACUACAAUGAGAAAUGAACAGUAUUUUCAAAAUUAGUAUCAUGAUUGUGUUUCUUUGUGUAUAAAGAUGUGAAAGAUGCCUGUUUACCUAUCCAAUUUUGCAAAUAAUGCCUUUGUUUCUUGGAAACACACUAUUGGAGAUUUUUAUAACCAAAAAAUAAA